UAUUAAAGUAAGUGUUUUGGCGUAUCUUGAGUGAAGCUGACGCGUUGGUUUCCGUGGUAAAUACUUUCCUUUUUUAUCAUCCACAUAACUUUCCAACAAAGUCUCCUUUGGGUUUAGCUUUCUGACCAUGGCGCACGUCGUUCAGCCUCUGGAUCAGCCUUCAAAUUACAAAGACUCCCAGAGCAGAGUAGAACGCGCGAAACAAAACGACCUUCUCUCCAAAUCCACAACAUUAUACAUCGGUAAUUUAAGUUUCUAUACCACAGAGGAGCAGAUAUAUGAGUUGUUCACUAAAUGUGCCAGCCCAGAGGACGGUGGAGGUAUCAAGCGAAUAAUCAUGGGUCUUGACAGAAACACACGCACACCGUGCGGGUUCUGCUUCGUGGAGUACUACACUCAUGCAGAAGCCCUUGCCAGCAUGAAGUACGUUAGUGGCACCAAGCUAGACGAGCGUAUCAUUCGGUGUGAUUUGGACCUGGGAUAUAAGGAGGGCAGGCAAUUCGGACGGGGGAAGAGUGGUGGUCAGGUACGAGACGAGCACCGCCAGGAUUAUGAUCCAGGACGAGGCGGAUGGGGUGCACAAGCGCAGAGGCUUGAGGCUGAACGCCGAAGAGAAGUGGAAGAACGGUACGCGGACGCGCAAGAAGGACCAGGUGCUGUUGCUGGCGGAGGCGGUGACUGGAAAGAAACUGAAACGGCGGUUUCACGGAAACGCGGGCGGUCACCAGACGAUGAAGGAGACAACGCUCGUAUGGGCCACCAUCGUUCACGGGACGACAUGGAAGUUGAACGAAUGUGAAUGCAUUGGCUAUUACAGCUUGCUUUCUUACUUUUGACACAUGACAGACAUCAAAAUGUGAAACUAUACGAUAGCAAUUAUAAGAUGUAUAAGUCGAUGGUCAGUAUACGACACGAGCACGCAGUUGGUAUCUCCUUCCCCAGUGUUCUGGUUCA